AUGCCGUGGCUGUACUAUCUCCUCACAGACGACCUCACUAUCAUCUUGGGUCUGGUAGCGGCCUGUCUGUUCCUCCUCCAUAACCUGUACAAGCCCCAGUCUCUCGUGCAUCCCAUUCUCCUCGGUCGCCAGAGCGAUGUCGCGCGCGUCAGGCACCCUGGAGAGAGCGCGGUCUAUCGAAACUACAGCACUGGAAUGCUCGGUCGUUUCCCUGUGAGGCCUGGCAAAGACGAACAAGUGCUCCUGGACCUCGUGAAGCCUGCCUCGGAUGCCCCUCGAACGCUCUGGUCAACCAAAAUCACGAAUCCCGAGCUGAGAGACCGAGCUGCGGCUUUCGGUGCCGGGCUCAUAAUGACUGCCAAAGUGGUCCCGCAAGAGUCAAAUGUCCUCUUGCUGCUGAACGACGGCAUCGAGUUCCUUAUUACCGACCUGGCACUGGCCUCAUAUUCCAUUCCCUCAUUUGUGGUGUCCUCUUUGGCGCUGCUGUCGCCUGUCCUAGAGAAUCACCCGCCGUCCGUGAUUGUGACGGACACUACCCUCUUGCCGCACUUUACUUACCCCACCGUCGUUGUGGUCGGCGAUGUGGAUAGCAAGCACCUGCGCUCUGCUCAGCAUGUCCAGCUGCUGAAGUGGGAGGAUGUCUACACCCGUGGUCGCAAGAAGCAGGCUCCCGUUCUCGACCCCCAGCUAGAAGGCACUCAACUCACACACGAAAACCUAACUGCUGGAGUGGCUGCGACACGCAAUCUCCUGCCUCUGUCCAGCGCAAUUUCGUCGCUCGACACGAUCGUCUCCGCAUCCUCCCUCUCUACGCCGUACGGGCGCGCCGUCGCAUAUACUGCGAUCUACGAGGGCACCAGUUUCGCCACGUUGGACAGCACAAAGCUCAUCACCGGUCCACGUACCCACCACACCCCUGAUGCGCCGUACUCACCUGCAAGUCUGCUGGCUGACCUGCGCUCUGUGACCAAAUAUCCGAUCCCGUCGCCCACGGUCUUGUUCGUGACGCCCGCCCACCUGAACGCCCUCUCACGGCCGUGUCCUGGGAAGGCUGCUGGUACCAUCGUGCUGCGGUCAGUGCUGGAGGUACACAAAGGCCCUAUCGAGUCGCAAUUGCUCGUGCCGAUGCGCAUCGCGCUCUCCGUCCCGAUCGUCAACGCGCACAUUCACCCGCUUGUCGCCGGUCCCGUCUUUGCGAAGCAGAGACAAAUCUCUGCCGUCGACUCCUUCGCGUUGACCUACCUCGCCGCUGUCGGCCCGCCCUCCGUGAACGUCGAGGCGAAGCUGCGCGGGGUCAACGACGCGGACAUCGAGAGCGGCGGAGACCCUGUUGGCGCGUUGCACAUCCACGGCCCUAGCGUAGGGAAGCCGGUGCACCGCCAAGACGCAGAGAUCGAGGAAGGCGAUGGAUGGGUGUCGAUCGGCCAGAGGGCGAGCGUGCUGCCCAAUGGUACGUUCAAGGUAGUCGCGACUGCCUUGCAGUAGUGAUUUUGACGAUAUGACGUACCUCGUAUCGUUGUCUCUUGUAUGUACUACAGCACUGGAGUAUCUAGAAGAAGUGUUGCUCGAACCGGUUGGUGACAGUCCGUGUGCAGCUGAGAUAGUCCAGCGACGGGCACUAUGCAUGAGAAGACCUCCGUGUCGGCAUACUUAUUCAACACCAAAGAUUCAUGUUCCAACGUU